AUGGGUGUGACAGCCGUCCCCUUUAUGGAUGAGGAGACCGAGGCUCAGAGAGGUGGCCCGACUGACCGAGGCCACCUGCCCUUUCUCUCCUGCCAGGAGGGAGGGAUCGAGUUCUCUGAGUUCAUCCAGGCGCUGUCGGUGACCUCAAGGGGACCCUGGGACGAGAAGCUGCGGUGGGCCUUCAAGCUCUACGACCUGGAUAACGACGGCUACAUCACCAGGACCGAGAUGCUGGACAUAGUGGACGCCAUUUACCAGAUGGUGGGGAACACCGUGGAGCUCCCGGAGGAGGAGAACACCCCCGAGAAGAGGGUGGACCGGAUCUUCGCCAUGAUGGACAAGAACGCCGACGGGAAGCUGACGCUGCAGGAGUUCCAGGAGGGGUCCAAGGCCGACCCCUCUAUCGUGCAGGCGCUGUCCCUCUACGACGGGCUGGUAUAGUCCACGCCCAGAGCUGGGCUUUCUGUGAAAAUAUCUG